AUGUCAAGAAGGUAUCAAAAAAAUAUCGAGAAACAGCUUCUCGAUCUUGUCAAUGAGAGAGGCAACAAUAACAAGUGUGGAGAAUGUGGAACUGGAUACCCAACAUGGGCUUCUUAUAACCUUGGUAUUUUUCUAUGCGGACGAUGCGCCUCGGUUCACAAAAGAAUCUUGGGUCCACCUCAUAACGAUAUAUCCAAAGUCAAAUCACUUACAUUAGACCAUUGGAACGAAGACCAAGUACGUCGAUUGGGUAAGAUUGGUAAUCAAAAGGCACGGAGAAAGUGGAAUAGCAAAAAAGUCCCUUUCCCUUUUGAUGGUGAUGAUGACAUAGCCGUAGUAGAGCAAUAUAUCCGCGAUAAGUAUAUUUUGGGCAAGUUCCGUGAUAAUGACGACGUCGAUCCCUCUGAGUUCGAUGACCGUCUGAGUAGUGGAUACGAUUCACAUUUGAGACCGUCAAUGGGACUGAGGCAAGGUCUGAGACUGAAACUGAGACUGAGGUCAAAUAGUGCUUUUAGCGUUUACCAAAUUCCGAAAUUAACACAUAGAAAGUUGACUACAUUCGAAUAUACUCAAUACAAUGCGCAAGCAGAUAAGAUUCGAGGCUAUGGGUACAAUGAUAGGGAUGCAGUAUUGGAAAGUCUUUUGCUAAGCAAUGGUAAUGUUGAUAAGGCACUUGAUAUAUUGGAUCAAGAUACAAGAAUAAACCCAGCAAAAGAGGAGAUUGCCCCUUCGUUACCCUCGAGACCACGCCCACAAGCUCAACCGCAACCGCAAUCGCAAUCUCAAUCACAGUCACAAAUUUCAACCACAUCUUCGGCAACACCUUCGACAUCUGACUGGUGGAGCGGAAAUCAGCCACCAUCGGCAAACAGUGUUAAUUUGUCCACAAUGACAACUGGUGUUCAACAACCGCAGAUUUACCAAUACACAGAUCCUGUAACUGGACAAAUAACGUAUGUCGAUUCCAAUGGUCAAGAGUAUCUCGAUCCUAAUAAUCCACAGCAUCAACAACAACUCAUGAAUAUAUCAAAUCCACAAUUGAUUGCACAACAAACAAAUAAACAAAACAUAUUAUCUUUGUAUAACAAUCCAACAGGUGUCCAACAACCCCAACAAACAUCACAACAACAAUUUGGAAUUCAACAGACUGGAUUUGGACCACAACAAACGGGAUUUCUUCCACAACAACCUACUCAAUUCACAGCAUUUUCGCCGGGACAGCAACAACCAGUACCACCACCACCAUCACAACAGCAACAGCAACAGCAAUCACAAUUUACUGGAUUUGGUCAACCCCAACAAACGGGUUAUUUUGGUCAACCACAACAAGGAUAUUUUCGUUAA